AUGCUCAGAAGAGGGGGAACCCUGCUAAAUCUCCAUCGAGUUUUUCGGUCUGUAUGCUGCAAACGCGUAUUGAAAUGUUUGUUCUCGACCGAAGUCAGUACAGUCCACAAAGGCACUGCGUUUGAAGAACGAUCCCUUGCACUAUUGGAACAGACGAUGUCCAUGUCUCUCAAACGCGUUGGAGGGAAAGAAGACGGUGGAAUUGACCUUGUGGGCUGGUGGUGGCUUCCGUAUGAUGACGAUACGGCAGGCUCAACGGCAUAUACCAAAAGGCGACGGAUACGCGUCCUGGGACAAUGCAAAGCGGAAAAGAAGAAAAUGGGACCGAGUUUCGUUCGCGAGCUUGAAGGCGUUCUGUACCGCUUCAUAACCAUGCCGUCGACUCUCCCUGGGCUUGUUGAUGAAGAAAAGCCGGACGUGUCUAUUCCUGGGCAAGCCCAUAUUCCGAUGGUGGCCCUCCUGAUUUCCGAAUCGCCUUUCACCAAAUCCGCGCUCCUGCGUGCUCACUCGUCGCCGAUACCUUUCUUUAUGCUGCACCUACCUCCUGUGGAUGAUAACCGUACUUCAGAUCCUGAGUCAGAAGGUGGACUCGAGUCUCCCCAAACCUUCGUUGGUCCCGGUGCAGCGGUGUGCAACCCUGCUCUAUCGGGUGCUCAAGGACUUUUACAGGGUCAAAUGGAAGUACGUUGGGAAAGGCAUAUGUUAGGGCAACACGGUCGUCCAGCACUAUGGUGGCGAAAUACAAGGUUACCGAAUCAGAUACCCUAUACGGACCCGCUUGAAGCGAGCGUAGAUGCAUCAAGAUGUGAAUCAUGA